ACAGAAGGCGGUACGCUUGCUUGUAGCACCGUGCUGUUUGUAUGAGCUUGCAUCAUUUUACUCGUCUCUUUAGAACAUGGCUGUCACACUGCACACAGACCUCGGCGAUAUGAAAAUAGAGCUGUUCUGUGAGAAAGCCCCGAAGAGCUGUGAAAAUUUCCUUGCACUGUGCGCCGGUGGGUUUUACAACGGCUGUAUUUUCCAUCGAAAUAUAAAAGGCUUUAUAGUCCAGACUGGAGACCCAACAGGCACAGGCAAAGGAGGAACCAGUAUUUGGGGAAGAAAGUUUGAAGAUGAAUUCAGUGAACAUUUGAAACAUAAUGUCCGCGGUGUAGUGGCCAUGGCAAAUAAUGGACCAAACACAAAUGCAUCACAGUUCUUCUUCACAUAUGCAAAACAGCCUCAUCUGGACAUGAAGUACACCGUUUUUGGAAAAAUUAUAGAUGGACUCGAAACUCUGGACGAAAUAGAGAAACUCCCUGUAAAUGAAAAGACUUUCCGUCCUCUUAAUGAUGUCCGUAUUAAGGAUGUAACGAUCCAUGCAAACCCUUUUGCCGGUUGAUUGAUUGAUUGAUUGAUUGAAACACUCAAUGCCUUGUGUUGUAAAUAUAAAUAAAUGUUUUGUACUUUU